UAUUGUCCUAGACACAUCUCAGUAUUUCUGAAACCAUUGCGAAGAACAAUCUAAUAUCAUUCCUUGAUAUCGAAAAACUCAGUUCAAGAUCUUUUUCAACCAUUAAUCUACCUUAAGUUUCGAAAAUCAGAACCACCUUAUCGUAAUCAUGUUCGACGACGAGCCGAUCUCCAACUUUGUGUUCACAAAUGAAGAGACGACGCAGACCUUCCACCACCAGUGGUUUGCCCAGGGCCAGUUGCACGAGUGUCCCACCUGCUACAGCUCCAUCGACGCAGACGAGCCGCCCUCCCAGCAUUGGCUGCGCGGAGGGGAAGGCUCCCAGGGACUGCAGCUCACCAAGCAGCAACAGGCCGUCCUGGACAUAAUUGAGGCCCGCCAGAUCGAAACCUUCUUCUUCUGCGACGAGAGCUCCAAGGAAAAGCUGGACCACUUCAUGGGGGAGACCUGUGCCCGGGGAAUCCCCGAGCUGCUUCGCUGGAUGUUCCAGAACAACACCGUGGCCGUGGAGUUCAACCUGGCCUGUUAUGUGAACGCCAUGGACCAGGUGCUGAUCUUCCAGAGCGGGUCCCUGAAGGUGGACCAUUACUAUGACGUGGACGAGUGCGUGGGAGUGGUCUACGAGAUGCUGAUGCAGAGGAUCGAGAACUACCUGAACUGCAGCAGUGAGUUCGGCAUGGCCGAGUGCAGCAUCACCAGGCUUAAGGUCCAGGUCAAGAGGAUUCGGGUGGAUGCGGAGAGUCAGUCUGCAGAGUCCCCCUUCUUCGCCCUGCCCCUGCAGCUGAAGCAGGAGGAGGGUUUGACCACCACUUCCAGUCCAUCCACCAGCGAAUCUGAGUUGGCUAGCCUGCGAUCCGCUUACCUCAAGCACUUCCGCGAAUGCAACGGCUACUUCCCGCCAAACAUGCGGGUCAAUCUCUACGGAGUGCAGCAGUGCAAAACCACCAAGGAGCUGUACGUGGUGCCCUACCACGUCAGCGAAACCCUCCAGCAGCUGCCCAACAAGAACUUCCUGAUCCUGAACAACAUCAUGGGGCAGUUCCAGCGGCUCCACGAGCUCUCCACCCCCGUCAAGUCGAUCGAAAGGGACCCCACCAGCUCGCCCCCGAAGGACCUCCACUGCCGAAGGUGCCGCGCACAGUUCUCGAGGAGCAGCAAACUGCACAUCCACCAGAAGCUGCGCUGUGGCCAGGACUUCUCCGUGGACAGCAUGCACGCGGACAUCGUCGAGAUCUACGAGCAGUGCCUGCCCAUCUCGAGGAGCGUCUUCCAGCACGCCUGCUACGGCAUCACCAAGCCCAAGACCGUGAUGCGGAAGGGUCAGUUCGUGCCCAUCGAGUGCGACUGGCGCAGCGAGAGCUCCGUGAAGGUGCAGCACGGCCCGUGUGUGGUCAUUAGCAACGCCCAGCACAGCAGCCCCUGUAAAUUUUAUUAAAUAAACAAUAUCGUUAAGCACAAACAUUUCUUCUCUUUCAACUAUAGAGGGAAACAUUUCC